AUGUCCCUCUCACACCUAAGCUUUUACUCAGCCUUCACACUAAGCAGCCUAGGACUAGCAUUCCACCGCACACACUUAAUCUCCGCCCUCCUAUGUCUAGAGAGCAUAAUAUUAUCUAUAUAUAUCGCCCUAUCAAUCUGACCCAUCGAAAACCAAACAAUAUCCCCCACCCUAAUACCUAUACUCAUACUUACCUUCUCGGCCUGCGAAGCUGGCACAGGCCUAGCAAUACUAGUAGCCUCCACCCGAACCCAUGGCUCAGACCACCUACACAACCUAAACCUACUACAAUGCUAA